UUUUUUUUUGCUGUAUUUGAGCUUGUCAUUGCUCAAAUGGUGAUUAGCAUUGUUGCAUUUUGACUUUACGAAGCCUCCAGAUUUCCAUUAUAACAUGAUGACGAAGUAUCUAUUGGGACUCCCUGCCAAGUUUAUUCUAAACUGCAAGAUCUUAGGAAAAUAGCUCUAACUCUAAAUGGACAUUGGUAUCAAUCUUAUCCUCUUCCUACCCGUUUCAUUUGACUUUUGCAGUUAAAGAAUUAUGGGAGUCACUUGCAGACCAUGUCAAGCGUGGCUUUUUCCAUGGGUACAGCUGCUGGAGCAUGGCCUAUCGAGAUACACGUUCAGCACCUGAGCAUCUUAAAGAUAUAGGACAGGAUUUGAUACCUCUUCCACCUCUUAACCCAUCCAUACCUCCUGCUCCCACCCUGUUCUUCCUCACCCCUCACUGCCAAUCUACUCUUUUCCACCAUCUCCCCUCUCCUCCCUUCCCUCUGGCUGGCUCAACCAUGUUUUUUGGCCAGGGGGGUUGUUCAGAGUUCAGGAUCUAGUCACAGCCCCCAUUUCACAGUCCGGCUCUGCCCAGUCCGGAGUUGCAGGCCUCAUGGAAACCAAAGGCCUUCAUAGUUUACUCUUUUCCAGAGUUCUGUUUUGUCUCAUUACUAAUGACUAAAUAAAAAUAUGGAAACAUCCUUGCAGUAUAUAGGAUAUCUACGCAUAAUCUAAGAGCACCUUCUUCUUUACCGACAUGACUUCACUUCACAGAUUUCCUUCUUUCCUAACCUAUUCUGUCAGUUGCUAAUGAGUUGCGUAUGACAUGCAAAUAAACAUAGAAAGACAUAGAGAGAUAAAUCAAUAUUUAUUUUUUCCUCCAUUACUUUUACAGGACAUUUUUAAGGGUAGUACAGACAGUCCCUCGAAUGUUUGUCUCUCUAACUGUUUCAGGAGGUUGCAUAUUCGAGUAGGGGGGAGCCGGAGUGCUGGGGAUGAAAGGGAGGGUGGCGGUAAAGCCCCUGUCACGCUUGGCCAGGCUCUUGAGCUAAGGACGGCUUGUUGAGAGGCAGUGUGUGCGUCACGCACAAAGGGUGACGGAAACAGGGACAGAUGCAUUUCCUCAUCCAUAGCACAAAACAAAUUUUGACAUGUGGAACCCCUUGUAAGCAUUUUUUCCCUGUUCUGAGCCUGUCAUGGUCACAUGGAUUGAAACAGGUUUGGGGGUGGGGUCAUGGUGUCCAGAAUGGACGGCUGGCACCCCCUCCACACCAGCAUUGUACCCUUGGAGCUAAAUGAACAGCACCUGGCUGGCCCUGUUUCACUCUAUGAGAAGACUCGAUUUUACAUCCAUCUAAGAAUCUUCGCUGUGUACAACAUCUACAUCCAAGGAUUGAACUUUUCUCCAACUCACUCUCCUCCUUCCUUGAAUGCCUGCCAAUCUUCCAUUCCAGUGGUGGACACGGUUCUAACUAUUACCUCGCUCUGUUCAGUACUUCUGAACUUGCUGAACUGCAUUUACGCAUCUUGCUUCCUUAAGGGUCUGUUUGAAGUGGGUGGCCUGAAAAAGUGUCUCAAAGUACUAAAGGAAAAGACUCAAAUGAAACACAGAAAUAAACAGAUAAGAGGAGACAGGAUGGGAGAAGGGACAGAUGAAGUGGAUGGUACCAAAACAACAAGGAUAUCUCUCAGUUUUCCAAUCAGCGCUGGACUGCCUGGUUUCUCUGCACAAAAGCACUGUCCCAUAAUUCAUCCCCCUUCCUCUUCUAUAGCAUUUGAUAGAGAUGCUUCGAAUAGCACUGCGUGGAAGGAGGAAACUCUUAGAGACAAACCAUUGUCCAAAGGAUCAAAAUCAGACUACCUUUCCUGCUCUUCCUCCUCCACUCUCCCCAUUGAUUUGACUGCACCUGUCAGUAAGAACUGCAAAUCCACUAUGUCUUUUUCUGUGGCUGGCAGUGGCCCCCACUUUCCAACAUCUGCAUUGCACACAUCUGCUAAAAUGGACUACUCAAGAGAGACAUCUGGAGCUAGUCUUCCUAAUGACUACCCAGAACACUCAACAACGGAGACUGCACAUAUCUUGUUCAACCUGAGUGCAAGAGCCUACCAAGGUCAGGUGACAAAGGACAUUGAAAGCGCAAAAGGCAAAAAACGUAAAGGAAACAGUCUGCAUGUUGAACUGAGCCUCCCUCUUCCCAGUAUAAACCCACCAUCAUCUUCAUCAAGCCCUCCUCCUCUUUCACCCCCUUCUGUCUCUCCAUUGACCCUCCCUCCUCCAUCCUUCCAUGACUCCUAUCAAGCAGUGCCAAAACCGGAGCUGCUGUGUGGGGUAUGCCACCGUCUGUUCAGCACCGCCUCGUCCCUCACUGUGCACAUGCGCCUUCAUCGGGGUGGACGACUUCUCAGCUGCCGCCAUUGUGGCAAAGCCUUUAUCCAUAAUAAAAGACUGCAGUCCCAUGAGGCCACCUGUCGGCAAGCACUGCCAGCUUUCUCCAUCCAGCCCAAACAGGAACCUUUGGAGGAGGGGAAUGUGGAGAAAACAAAUGAGGCAACAGAGCCAGAACAGCUUGGACAAGAAACAGGACCUGGACGACCCAUAAAGAAAGGACGAGGCCUUCAAGGACAUCAUGCCAGGGCAAUGUCUCACAGUGAUGCCCUCACGGAUGAGGAUCACUUUGUUAAGAUUGUUGAUGGACAUAUCAUUUACUUCUGCUCAGUGUGCGAACGCUCCUACAUGACUCUGUCAAGUCUCAAGCGUCACUCUAAUGUGCACUCAUGGCGUCGGAAGUACCCAUGCCACUAUUGUGACAAGGUUUUUGCUCUUGCAGAGUACCGCACCAAACAUGAGGUGUGGCACACUGGUGAAAGGCGAUACCAGUGCAUAUUUUGCUGGGAGGCCUUUCCUACCUACUACAACCUAAAGACACACCAGAAGGCAUUCCAUGGCAUUAGUCCUGGCCUUAUCUCAAGUGAGAAGACAGCCAAUGGGGGCUAUAAGCAGAAAGUUAAUGCACUUAAACUUUACCGCCUACUACCCAUGCGCUCUCAAAAAAGGCCCUAUAAGACAUACAACCAAGCUUUGGCCGAUGGACUGCUCAAACCUGACCCAUCAGCUACCUUGCCUUUGCCUUUAGGCUGCAGCCUCCCUCCAAGUCUGGGCCCCAGUAAACUGGAUUCCUUCCUUAAGGACAUUCAUCCCCAAGACAUUAAGCCUGAUCCUGAGAGUUUCCUGAUCAAGAUGGACACAGAGCAGUGCAGGAAGCUGGCAACAGCCCAGGAAGAGGUACCAGAAGAGGUUAAUGAGAAGGAAGGGUCAGAUUUACAUCUCUCUGGCAACAGCAGCAUCAAAACCAAAAAUGUCAAAAGCCCAGAGACAGCAGUUUCUUCUGUCAUUACAUUUGGCCAUAGCAAACCCUCAGUCAUUAUGCAUAGCACAGCACUCCCAUCCUCUGUCAUUGUUCAAAGAGAUAAGACACCCUCUGGGGAUGGAAAAUGUCCUUCUGAGAGCAGUCAUGCAAUGGAUAAGACUUUGCAAAAAACACUUAAAAAGCAUACGCAAAAAGAUCAUACACAUGCCCAUAGUAAGUGGGACACAACCAGCUCACGUACAGAAGUCUCAAAAAUCCAACAGCCAGCAGAAAAGAUUCACAAGGGACGAAAAGCUCAUACCAAGAGUGAGUCAAGCAAGGUGGUUCCCAUAUCUGUGGGUUCAGAGGUCAAAGGGAGUGGGCCUCUUUGUCAGAUCACUGUACGUAUAGGAGAAGAGGCUAUUGUCAAAAGAAGCAUAUCUGAGACAGACCUCAUGAGAGACAAAAAUCCACCAAGUAAAGACAAAAAGGGCAGCUUCCUGCAUGGAGAGCAGAGAGAACCACGGCAUACCCAUCACCACCACCGCAAACACCAUGGUCAUCGCAGUUCCAGCCAGGAAGAAAGUGAUUCUAAACUGCCAGGCAAGGUGAGGAAGUAUUUCUUCCGACAAGAAGUCAGGGAGGACAGGAAUGAUCAUGAUGGAGAAGACAACCUGUGGAGACCCUAUUAUUCAUAUAAGCCCAAGAGAAAGGCCUUACAUAUGCAGAAGAUCAAGAGCUGGCAGCGCAAAAUGCACUACAAACGAUCGCUGCGGCUGAUGAAGAGAGCAGAAAGACUAAUGAAUGAUGUAAACACAGGGGGGGAUGGUUUAGAGGAAGAAGAAAAAGAUGAAGUAAAAGAGGAGGAAAAAGAAGUUUUUCAUCAGAAGGAGAUCAAAGACGACACUCAACCUCCUUGUGUUCCCACAAUAACAGAAGAGAAGGAGGAAGAAAAGGGGGGUCCUGGAAAGCGUGACCUUUCUUUCUCCACAGCUUUAUCCCAAUCCACUCUGAAUUCUCAACACACAGUUUCCCCUAUCAUCAAACAACGUUGGUCUGGGGACCAGGCCUCUGAAUGUGGAUCUUGUGGCCGCUGGUUCUCCAGUUCGAGGAAGCGAGACAAACAUGAGCUAACACAUCUAUUUGAGUUUGUGUGUCUACUUUGCAGAGCUACUUUCCCUUCUCAGACCAAAUUAGAGGAACAUCAGAGAACCAGUCACCCAAAAAAUAAACCUCUGCCUACCUCUGCUUCAUGUAAUUCAGAGUCAUCAAGCAAGGAGAAUUCAAUGGAAUUAGAGGAGACAAGCAGUGUAUUAAACAGGCGGUUCUUAGAAAAGGGGAGUUCAGCUCGGUUGGGAAGAAGGCCAUUGACUAGAUAUACCUGCUCACAGUGCGAUAAAGUAUGUAAGACUGCUGCUGCGCUAAACUGCCACCUGAAGAGGCAUGAGCUAGGCAACACUACAGAGACCAUUCAGCCAGUCCUGGACAUCCAAAGUCACAGUACUGUGGUACCAGAGGUAGACAAAGUUCAAAGGACAGAUUCGGACAAUACACCUAGGCAUGCGCAGCCCAUCCCAGUUAUAAACUAUCUCAAAUCAGAUUCUCAACACACACAGAAACAGACAGGUGAAAGGAAUGAAGAGCACCAAAGAUUAGCUACUGGUGAAAGUCCAAAGUUAGCAGCUAUUGACAAAAUCCAGAGUUCGCAUUUGAGCACUGUAUCUUCCCCAGUUAGACUCAGCCCAACACCAGAAAGGUCAAAAGUCAUCUCCCCUACUCUCCCCAGUGUGCUGGUAAUGAAUGGAGCUGAAUGCCUGGACUUCCGAACUCCUGAAAAACGGAGUCUAGAUGCACAGGAUCAGAGGAGAAGAAGCCUCACACCCACUGACAGACCAAACCAAGUCUGUCAAGUCCAAAUGGCAGAAACGUUUAGAACAGAUGCAGAUCCAUCUAUAUCCACUGCAUUACAACCAGUCAAAGAGAGUAUUUUGAGUGAUCAAGAGGUAGAAACACAGCAACAUAAGGAAAUUCACAUCAGUGAUCCCUCACAAGAGGCUGCACAAGAGGCUCAAGAUCUUAGAGUAUCCAGAACGGCUUGCAGCAUCCAAGCAGAAGAUCUGUCCAUGCCAACGAUACUGGCAAGGGAGAGGGAGUUUUCCCAGCAAACUGCAUACCAAUACUCGACCAACAAAAUUCGAUCCACGGACGAUGUGAUGCUCAUAGUGCCCAAAGAGGAGCCACUGAGCCCUGUUCCCUCUCCCACAUGUUCUGUCAUUCAAACCACUCACAAAGGACCACCACAACGGCACCCACAGUCCCCUAGUCACUCUCCGAGACCUUUGAACCUACAGUUGCGUUCACAUUUAGAGACAAACCAAGCACACCAAGGCACGCACAGUGCUGAGAAACAAAGAUCUGUGCUUCCAACAGGUUCAGAUCACAGCAGUGAGCCCCCCUCUUCUCGUUCUGUGCUGCACUCCCAAGUGCCCCAUUCAGAGCCAGAGACAAAGGACAGCACCUCUUCAAGAGAUCUCUGUAGAGAAUCUGGCUAUCCUGUUCAGGAGUAUGCACUUCCCUUAAUCAUACCAGGAGGGUACUGCUCUGGUAAGAAACAGGAGGACCAGAUGCUCAUGUCAUACCCUUCUGCACCCUUGUCUUUUGGUGCACUGGGGAAGAUGGUACCCCAUACUGACUCAACAAAACUGCCCUUUUACCCCGAUCCCUAUCAACUCCUCUAUGGCCCACAGCUACUACCAUACCCAUACAACCUCGCCACCCUGCCCAUGGCUCUCAAUAUGAUGGCACCAGGGGACAAAGUUGAGCCCUUGCCCUUUUUACCUACUCUUUUCAACUAUGCUGCAGUAGGUGCCCCUUUGCCCCACCCUUUAGUAGUGAACCCCAGCCUAUAUAAUAGCAGCAGUAGCACAAAGCGAAACAGUGACAACCCAUGAGCGUAUGUGGAGCUGCAGCACUGAAGGAAUACUGUACAGCUUAUAAGAGGACCAGACCUUAGACGGAAGAUGUGUUGUUGCUGUUUGUUAACUGAACUACUUGCACAGAUGUUUAAGUCUCUUUGGAAAAGUAGCAAAAACCAUAGGUGUAUGUACAAAAUUAAAUAUAGUGAAGUAAUGGAGAGGUGCCUUGGAGGUAGGACCUAUGGGUAAAGGGGAGGUUGUGAUCUGGUGAUCUGGUGAUCUACUGGUCCAUCAUGGACCUCUUCCCCUUGCCAAUGGCAAAACAAACCUCUGACACACCACUCCUCUCCCUCUUUAGAAGAGUUAGAGCUUGGUUAUCCGUCCUCUCAGAUUUGUUGUAAUAACUGGUAUAAAUAAUACAUCUGGACAGCUAACAGGGUGUAUUUUCUGGAAAAAAAAGACAAAAAAAAAAAUAGUGUGCUUUCCACUAGUGACAGUAUACCAAUAACGAUCAUAUUUGUAGGUCUGUUAUAGGCUUUUAUUACUGCAAAUAGAAAUAAUAUAGGGGCCAAGCUCUUCAUUCUAAAAUGGAAAGAUACACACUCAAUUCAGUGAAGGAAGACAAUAGCAUAUAAGCAGUUUUAUGGGUGUGUGUGUGUGUGUGUGUGUGUGUGUGUGUGUGUUUCAACCUCUCAUCAUGCAUGUAGUUUGGGGUAGCUGUCUUUUUACAACAUUAUGUAGGUUCUGUUGUGUGUAUUUUCAGUACUGGCUUCGAUGUGAGCGUCUGCUCUGUGUGUGUGGGUGUCUUGAGGGUGAUGUGUGCAUGCACUGCACAGUUGUAGCCAGCAACGUUUCUGCUAUAUCCGCCUGGUUCAGUUAAACGGAUAUUGAUAUCGAUGCGGAUAUAUGAGCAUCAUUCCUGGAGAGGCUGUUACAACUUUUUGUAAAUCAGCAAGUAGUAAAAUUAGAUGAGGUUCAUCCUUCGUCAGUCACAACUUAGCAGCUUUGAUAGCUUACCUACAUGUCAUAUUGGAUGGAGUUUGUUCAUAUGUGAUCUUUUUUUUAACUAACCAGCAUCAUGGUUGCUUGGUAAUUUAAUGGCAAUUAAGGAUGGACUGCAUUUUGCAAUGGCAUGUACACAGUAUGUUUGUAGAAGUUGUUGGAAUGAUUGCUAGGAGGCUCAAGUGAAGAACUGGACACAAACCUUUUUUUUAAACAUCUGAGUACUCGUCAAUUAUCUUAUCGUCGUUUGUAGAAAGGAAAAUAAGUUUUAGUGGCCUUCUCCUCCCCAGUGCCCCCUGGUGUCCACCAAAGACACUCCAUUUACUUGACUGAAAUCUGAGAGAGACCGAGGUAAAAAGCAGAUGAGAGCGACAGAGAGAGUGGGAGGGAAGUGGAGCAAAGUGCAGCGAGUCUGUUAUCGCCAGUAGAACUUCCAUUACAAAGUCGCAGAAAAUAAAGCUCUAAGCAGCUGGUGAAUACCGUUUUUCAGGCGGACAUGAUCUAAGGAAGCCUGUUACGUGUGAGCUGGGGGUAAUGUUGGCUAGCCAACCGUCUUUCUCCACGUCUCCUCUGCAGUGCACAGAACAGCAAGAGUUGACGUCAGCUCCUCCUGACGUCCGCGCGUGGUCUGAGUUGCAAUGCUUAGGACUUGAAAAAAAGAAAAAGAAAAAAGAAAGAAAAAGAAAAAUUGCUCACUGACCUGGAGUGGCCUGAACACUCCUUUAGGACUUUCCUGUUUUUAUAUAUAUAUAUUAUAUAUAUCUUUUUAAAACAAUAUAAUUUGUUUAUUUUACCUAUUUUUCCCUUUUUGAUAGAGAGAUUUGUGAGAUUUGUGAGGAUUGCGCUUGAAGGUGGUCUUUCAAGUGCACACGAAUAUGAAUGUAAUUUUAGUCAUGAGGUUAAAAAAACAUGAACAGUAUGGUAGAUGUUUUCUGACUUGAAAAAUAACAUGUAAUAAUGAACCGCUAUGAGGUAUUCACAUAUAUACAGUAGUCUUAGAAACAUGUCUAGGAACUUGGAUUCAAUAUAAUCAUAACGCAUGAGCAGCACUCGCUUCUUCAUUAUCCUCUGGUAUUGCCAUAACAAUCAUCACUUUGCUUUCUUUCACAUGUGUGGUUCUGUUGAUUUUUUUCUUUCUUUUUUUGCUGAUGGUUGGCUUGAAAUACUAUCUGCUGUAAAGCUGUCUAUUUUCAAUUAAUCUUUUUUGUUCUAUCGUUUUAACUUAAAACUGAAACCAAAAAAAAAACAGAGCACCCCCCACCCUGAAGCUGUGCUUCAUGACUUUUACACAGUUACAGUAUAUGCUGUUGACUUAUAAAAGUCCCCACAAACACAAAUCACUCACACUGUGAUUUUUCCCCUUUCCCCUUCCCUACAGAACAUUUUAUCCUCUCCUUUUGAAGUGAGUGCAUUGAAGCCGCAGCACUGUUCAUUUCUGAACACAAUGAGAAGAUUUGUUGCUUUUCUUGGGUGUAGGUACUUUCACGUAGUGUGUGUGUGUGUGUGUGUGUGUGUCAGAGCACAUUUAAGGAAAAGGAAAACCAAAACAAGCACCAUAUCCCGUGAGGCUUGCCACCAAAUCAGAGUUUGGUUUUGGACCCCUACCAAUCUGUUGUUAAAUUCUCCUUGCACAUUUUCCUCAUGAGCAGUGUCGGGUUGGAACAGACUACAUGCAAUCUGAUUAAUCAGAGUAGGAUACGUUAUGAAAUAUCUGUGAUCAGACUGCUGUUACUUUUUUAUGGAUUACUUUGAAUUGGAUUUUUGACACCACUGAAUCUGCCUAUGAGCUGCAUAACCGCAUCGCCAUAACCGAAAUACGACUAAUUUUCUUUUUUUUUUGGAUUGACCUUGGAGUUACUUUGCUAACUAUUUUAUUUUAAUCAAAUCAUUCCAGCUGUUACAAAUAAUCAUUCCAACUGUUAAAGGAACAGUGUGUAAUUUUAAGCAGCUCUGUUCUAUCUAGGGACGGAGCUCAUUUCUGGGCCAGAAAAAUGCAAACAGAAGCCUGAAACAACAAAACUAGUGUGAUCUAAUGCAACGCCAUAUUGUGACUCACAUUUUUCCAUGAUAUGUUUGAAAUUUAAAUUUACAAACUGUACCUUUAAUAAUAGAUGACGAUGGGACUGUUACAUAAACAUAACGCAAACCUUUAACGAAUUAGCACAAAGAUGUGUUUUACAGUGCUAGAUGGUGCAUGACAGCUCUCUGAAAAUAAAUAUAUAUGUAUAUGUUACCAAUGAGACUUUUUUGGUACUAAAUAAAGUAGUCAAAUAGAUAUAUUAUUCUUAUUUUUUGUACUGUGACAUAGCCCAAAAGCAGUCCAAAAGAUAAGAUUUUUUUAUGUAAUCUUAAACUUGACAUUACUUAUUAUAUUUGAAUUGUGCAAUUUUUAAAUUUCCUUAUUUACCCAACACUGCUCAUGAGUAAUAUAACCUGUUAAAUAAACAAUGUCCGUAAAAGCUGUUGAUAUUUCAUAAACAAGUAAAAAAAGCAGAUGUAUAAAUUACUCACAAAACAAGAACACACAUUAUGUUAAUUUAUGAUCAUGCACUUUACCAAAAUUUUGAUUACCAAACCAAAUUUCAAAUUUGUAAUUUCAUGUACCAGUGUAUUAUUAUUAUUAUUGUUAUUAUUAUUAUUAUUAUUAUUGAAAAAAAAAUCUCACAAUGUGAAUGUUGAAUAACUAAGGACUUAUUCUAGUGUCCUGCAAGCAGGAAAACAUUUCAAGGCAGUUUCGUUUGCCUGAAAUAUGCCACCAAAAUAUGGUCUUUGCAGGUAAAAUGACAGAACAAGUGUAGGUGGAUGCACCUACAUCCUGUAUCAAGGGUCACACACCCCACACACUGUUUGUUUUUUAGCUGUUCUUAAAACGCAAAUACAAGCAACACACAAAGCCAGAUGAAACCAGCAGAAGACCCCGAUAGAGACAUCAAUAUUCAGUCCAAAUAGCUAAACGUUUAGCUACGUAUGUGUGUUCAGCAGGUCUAGUCGUAGGCAUGUGAUGGAUUUUGUCCCGGUAUUGUGAAAAUGUACAAGCUACAUUUGUGCCAUUGUUUUAGAGGUUAACAUAUUUGGCCUGAAAUGUUUCCUGAAAUGUUUGGUUGUUUCUUGUUGACUUCUUCUUCACACAAAGGGUCUGUUAACACAUUGCCAAAUCAAGCCUGUAAUAAUCUAUAAUUUUUUUGUUCACCUUCCUUUAUUUCUUCGCUCUAGUUCUUCAGUCGCCCUCUGUCCAUGCUACAACCAUACAAAUAAAGUAUUAACCUGA